AUGUGCGACGUCCCUUUCCUCCCGAUCUUCCCUAUUUGCUUCCAAUGCGGCACGGACCAGAACCCCUGUCGCUGUAAAGUCCUCGGUCCAACAUUAGGGUUCUGUGUGACGAUUGUUGCGGCGGUAUGUACCGUACCCAUUCAUUAUUUGUUAUCCUGCGUCUAUCUUUUGUGGCUGUUGUUUGACGAAGACGGGAAAGGAGUGAGUUUGCUCUUUUUUUCUUUUUCUUUUUUCGUCCUGUCUUUACCG